AUGCCUUGGCUCCCAGUACUACGAGAUGAGCAGUGGAUUAUGUCGCGGUUGUCACAGUACAUGUCGCACGUGUUCCGGACCCAGGAGGUUCAGCUUGCUCUAGGCCGCUUCGACUUGACAGGAGAAUGCAUACAUUCGUCUGUUGCCUGCAAGCGGCGUAUAGCUGAGUGGGGCGCCUUGCACACCGCGGAGAGCGAGCGUCCCGCUCCAUUGCGGUGCGGCGGCCGUCACAUUGACUGUGUGCACGGCGGCCGCCACCGUGUUCUUCGCUGUGCUUUUUGUUUUACAGGUUAG